AUGGAGACUGCCUUGAAAGCCAGGGUCCCUCACGGUGUUUCUGAAGCCUCGGACAGGCAAGGCAGUGGCCAUGAUGAUCCCAACAAGAAGCCAAACGUUCGCAAGAGAACCAAAACAGGCUGUCUAACGUGCCGCAGAAGACGCAUCAAAUGCGACGAGGGCCGACCCACGUGUGCCAAUUGCAUCAAAUCCAAACGUGUCUGCGAAGGAUAUAACCCUAGAGUGGUUUUUAAGGAACCCCUGAGCGCUUCUCAGGGACCGUUCCAGUCCUCGGGCUACGGCGGAAAUCAUGCAGGUGACAUUGGAAGUAUGCAUGCCCAGUUCGCUCGAUCUGGCAUGCGGCCCUCAUUGACCCCAAUUGCCCCUCGACCACCCAUUCAUCCAGGACACUCGGCUCGGCAUGAUAUGCGGAUGGGCAUGUCCGAAGAUGUGUUUUUCUCCCAACAGCCAGCCAUAUCAACACUCCAGUCGCAGUACUUCGACUUCAACAACUACAAUUGUGCUGAAUCAUUGGAGCCACCACCGAUGCUCCCUAAUCCUCUCAUGGCGCCCGACUACGGAAAUGGCAUGCCAGUUGUGGCCAGCCAUGCAAGGCCAAACCAGGCGAAUUGGCAAGAUGAGCUUGUUUUGCCUUAUGCCAUAGUUGUUCCACCAAUACCAGAACCGGUCGGUCAUCACGUUUCCCAUUAUGACGACGAAGACGACGAUGCCAUGUCAAUAUCCGAUGACGGACUGAUAGAAGCUGCAAAUUCUCGUGGCCUACAAACACUCACCAAGACAUGGAAUGGGGCACGAGCCGAUGCAAGGAAGUACGACUUUUUCGCCCAAUGCGGAGCCCUGUUCUCCUAUAUGGAUUCGCCAGCAAAUUCAGAGCUGCGCAAUCAGGGCGAAAUAACCGUAUUUUCUUACUUCCUGAAUAUUACCAGCCCGACUAUUUCCAUGUACGAGCGCCACCCUUGCGACCCGGUGGAGAAACAAGAGUUUCACUCUAAGGGACACAAUCUUUGGGCCUAUACGCUACCGGUCAUUGCAUUUCACCAUCCGGGCUUGUUGCACGCGAUGCUCGCGCUGGCGAGCUUCCAACUCGCCAGAAUACAAGGACAGACCCACGUCGCCGCCAUACGACAUUACUCGAGAGCUAUCAGACGUGUAGCAAGAAAUGUUAACUCUCCUUCCCGCAGGACGCAUUUAGCUACGAUUGCAGCGACUUUACUAUUAGGAUACUUUGAGGUCUGGAUGGCUGAUCACAAAAACUGGUGCAAGCAUCUCAAUGGUGCGAGCAUCUUGCUUCGAGAGAUACCAUUACGAGCUCAAGCGCGGCGCUGCUUGCCAAAGCGACGGCAAUCGGAGCGACAACGUUCACUGAGUGAUCCGACAUUUCUGCCGAAAGAGCAGGAGAAAUUAGACUAUGAGCUCCUUCGAACUAUCACCGGUAGUCCGAUUUACGCCGAGGACUACGGGCUCGAGGAAUAUGAGGGAGACAUGGAUGGCCUACAGGACGUCACAGGGCAAGAUAUUGAAAAUUUCGAAAAUCUCUCCGACUUAUAUUGGUGGUUCUGCAAAAUGGACGUGUACCAGAGUAUACUCGGCGGCACCAAACUUUUUAUGGACUACAAAGAAUGGUCGCAAAUUCCUCCCCGGGCGCCUGUGGCAAAGUUUGGACAGAUCUUUGGCACGUACGACCAUUUAAUUUUACUACUUGGGCGCGUCGCGAGUUUUGCUGCCAAAGAUCUGGGAAGAAAGCGCCGAGCGUUUACAGCUCCGCCGGGCCCGUCCUCCGGGAACACACCACCGCCAUUUCCAGGCAUUAUUCCUGUUCAGGGAGCUUUCCAAACGCCCAUGGGAUUUAGUCCACCCCGCCAGGUUUCCCCUCAAAGCGAGCAAUCCGACGAUUCGGAUCCUCGUGCCAAGCUUGAUGCAGCCCUUGAAGAGUGGGAAAGCAUUAAGGAAGCUUUCGAAGCCCUCAAGGAUAGCUUUGGACCAGACUUUCGGCCGCUAAGCCCCGAAUACGCGGACAGACGAGAGUCUCCCUUCGGACUCGCUGUCCAGUACCGAACUUACUCCAUCUCUGGCGUAUGGAUGAACUACUAUAUGGGCCUGAUUCAUCUUCAUAGAGCCCAUCCACAUAUGCCGCCAGCAGCUAUGCAGGCAGCAGGGAUGGCCGCCAAGGACACGGCAACAUAUGCGAACCAAAUUGGACGCAUCGCCUCUGGACUUUGGGCAGACAGCCCCAGGUCGACCCCGGACCCUCUGCUUGUUGCAGCACUAAUUGAGUGCUCCUUCUGUUUGUUUGUGGCUGGCGUACAGUAUCAAAUAGACAGUCAACGACACUGGCUUAUUCGAAGAAUGUCGGACGUCGCCCAAUACACAGGAUGGCAAUCAGCGAAGCAAAUUGCCACCGGCUGCGAGGCUGUGUGGAAGAAGGCAGCUCAGAUGGGCCGUGGUCCUCCAUACGAAAGCAGCAAUAAUACUGUGGAAGAGCAUGCACAGUCGGUGUGGCGGACUGCCAGGCGUCUCGAUGAAGUCUUUGAAAAAGAAGGCGACAAGCGAAUUGUGCUAGCGAGAGCUGACAGGGCCCAAUUUGCACUUGGACUGUUAGCUGCAGAAGAAGAUAUGGCUCGCCUUGAGCUACGAGAUGAUCGCACGUAG